AUGUGCUCGAGAACCUCCCCCAUCUACCGCCCGGGCUACGCGGCGAUCGCGGGUCUUAUCCGCGUCCUCGGCUUCAUCGUGUACGUCCAGGGCUACGCGACGGGUGACCCGUCCAAGCGCAUGCACGGCGGCUUUGGCUACCUCGGUCUCUUCGCGUCGCUCGGUCUCAGCAUCGAAGCUGCGAUCACGCUUCUUUACUAGGCGUCGAGGAGUCGUACCUCCUUGAAAUAACAAGCAUUUGAUUUAAUUUUCAUUGCAUUUUCAUUGCA